AUCUUCCCAGACCAGGGCUCGAACCCGUGUCCCCUGCGUUGGCAGACAGAUUCUUAACCACUGCACCACCAGGGAAGCCCCCAUGUUGUUCAUUUUUAUCUCCAGACUAGUUAUCACUGGGAGUCCUGGCUCUGGAGUCCACUAAGCCUGGUUCCAUCCAGUUCCACCAUUUAUUAGGCUCGUGACCUUGAGCAAAUUAGCUGACCUUGCUGGGCCUCAUUUUGCUCAUCUCUAAUAUGGGAGUUGACUCACAGGGUGUUAGAACAAAUGCACGUAAAGCCCUUAGCACAUUUCUACACGUAAUACACAUUAGUGAAAAUGAGACAUUAUCAGCCGGACAUUGCUGUUUCAAGUUUCAAAAUAUGGAAACACUGACCCAGAAUUUGAGGAUAAAAAUGAAGUUUUUUCUGUUACCCAAUGGAAUCUCCUGGGCCAGAGGUUUUAACCUGGGGUCUGUGACAACCUCAGGGAGUAUGAAUGAGUUGAAAUCAUUCACAAGGCUGGGGCAUCUCUGCCUCUGCGGAAAUUUGUUGGGAAAGGGCCAUGGUUUAUGAGACAUUUUUAGAGCGUCUUUGCACCCACAGAGACCUAAGGGUCAGUGAAAGCUGAAGCUCAGUGGGUAAGAGGUCACCAAGGUCAUUUCUGCUCCUCAAGGAGCCUGGCCUUAGUCAGCCUAAGUGAAGCAGGAGACGGUGUGGUCAGCAGCCCUCUUGGAAGAGCUGUAGGAGAAGCUGUCAUGAAGGUCACUCUCCAAUCUGAUGUGAGGCUGCCCCUCAGCCUUGGCAUUUUGUUUCUUUCCAGGCUGUUCUUUCCACAAUAAAUAUAUUAGAAACAAGGUCAAGGCUGGCUGGCCAUCCUGGGGAACAUCCUCCCAGCCUGGCCCACCUCUCCUCUAUGUUGCAUGGGGAUGGGAGGUGGGCUCUGCACCCUGUUGCUUUUUCUGGACUCAGGAAUGCUGCCUCCUGGCUAUGAGUGCAAAGCUUUGUGGAAGAUUUGGAGUCAGAAACUAUAAAUCCUGUAGUUUGCUGGACUCUGUGCUGGGAGGUUGAGGAGGUGGGGUCGGGUGUGGCAGGAACCACACUGGAACCCUCACAGCCCAGAGCUGUGUUCAGGCAGAGGAAUGAGCCCUGGGUGUGUUGAUAUGGCUUUGCACGUGGGGUUGGAGUCAACAGUUGAGUCUGGAAAGGAGGACCCAAAUGUGUGGCAUCUGAACAGUGACCUGAGGGGAGGGCGGGCAUCAUGGCAGGAGGACUCACCUGUGCAAAAGACACAGGGAGCAAGCACUCAGAGAGUUCUGGUGUGUUUAUGUGUGGAGCUGGAUGGAGAUAGGAGAGAAUGGCUGAGGAGUCAGGGACGGGUGUGGAUAGCCACAUGUGGAGCUUUGGGGGUUUGACCUUUAACCCAAGGGUGAGGGUUUUGUAGGGGAGGGACAUGGACAGCCUUGUGGUUUAGAGCUCAGGGAUGCAAAGUUAGCAGAAAGCAAGCAGUGACCUUGACCAGAGAACCCAGUAUCAGCACUGAUGUACUGGGUGAGCUUGGGGCAACCAGCUGAACCUUGGUUUUCCCACCUGUAAAGUGGGCUGACAGUGGAAUCUGACCACAUGGCGAUGUGAUCACGACAUAGAGAUAAACACAUCAAGGUCAAGAAGGCCUCGAAUGAGGUUGGUGUUGGCCUCAGCAGCCCCAUUUGACAUCUUUAAAGCAAAGUCUUCAGUCCACAUACUUUUGAAGGUUCCUUCUCCCACUUUCUGGGAGCCCCUGAGCAGUCCUGUUCCUCAGGAGAGCUCACUCUGCCCUGUCCCACUCCACCGGGCCAAAGGGGUCUUCUUGUCCUUUUAUCCCUCCACCUCUUUACUCUACCACUACUUCUGCCAAGUAGUUUUUGUAUUAGCAUGUUAAUCACACUGUUAAGAACAAUGUUGAAAAAGGAAAAAACACCCCCCCACUUCCUUCACCUCACUGUCCCACCACAUGGCGCCACUUUUUUUUUCUUUGGAUGAGCUUCUGGCCUUAUUUCCCCUCAUCCUCCAUCUCCAGCUUCUCGGUUUCCUGCCCUAAUCUCUUUCUGAGGCUCUAGACAUUUGCUAAUGUUGUUUCUUCUGACUGGCAUACUCCUUUCUCCAAGACCUUCCCUGAGGGCUGCUUAGGACAGAGCGGGAGAUGGCCCUCAUCCAUUCCUCCAGCUUUCCCCCUGCCCCAGAGUUCAAGAUGCUCAGCAAGGCAUCUUGAGAGCAUGAUGUGGUAGGGUUGGGCCACAAUGAGUGAGCCAAGCAUAGUGAAUACUAGGGUGGAAGGGGCAGAGAUGCGAGAUGUGGGGCUGUGUCCUGCCUCCAGUAACCCAAGUUUGCAUGUGGUACAGUCACAGUCUGACCCCUUGGAAAUGUGACCAAGACAGAGCAGCUGGGACUAGCUGUUGAUCCUAUGUUUUUCCCAUUUGUUGAUGUAUUUCUUGGCAGAGUGUGAACUGGGAUACACCUUGUCCCAAGCAGGCGUGACCGGGUCCAAGCUUUCUCCUCUGCUUGUUUUAGACUUUCCUGGACAUUUCUUAGUCAUCCCAGCACUGAACUGCUAUUUUUAGUGCCACCACCUCCUAGGGGACUUAAAAUAAAGCUGGCUCAGCUUCCUGGCCCCUCAUUGGCUGGAGUGUUGGUCACAGGCAGGGAGAUUGGCUGGAUUGGGGAUAAGCCACUGCCCACUAACACUGUCCUUCCCUCUGGCUCUUCUGGCCUUGGGUGAGGUCAUAGGGACUGGAGCAAACUAGCACUUACCAUGUUGAGUUGAGGGCUUUACUAGGUUCCCUUAGUGAGACCACAACCACUGGCAACCUCAGGGUUCCACCCUCUUAUAGAGAAGGGGGCUGAGGCCCUAAGAAGUGCAGUGACUUGCGUGAGAUCCCACUACUGCCAAUGGUUGUCUGCCAGGGCCAAACCCACCUCCUUACUGCUUUGGUUCAGAGUUCCUGUUAUUAGGAGAGAGGGGGUGGGCUCCUCUACAGUCAGAGAUGACUACAGAGCAACACACAGGUCUGCUGUCAUGGAUCCUGCAGGGAGAUGCACGCCACCCUACCCGGGCCUGCCAAAGCGUCUCAACGAGGCCGGGUGACGCUCCAGAAUGGGAGACAAGCCAAUUUGGGAGCAGAUUGGAUCCAGCUUCAUUCAACAUUACUACCAGUUAUUUGAUAACGACAGAACCCAACUAGGCGCAAUUUAUAUUGACGCAUCAUGCCUUACGUGGGAAGGACAGCAAUUCCAGGGGAAAGCUGCCAUUGUGGAGAAAUUGUCUAGCCUUCCGUUCCAGAAAAUCCAGCAUAGCAUCACGGCGCAGGACCAUCAGCCCACGCCAGAUAGCUGCAUCAUCAGCAUGGUUGUGGGCCAGCUCAAGGCCGAUGAAGACCCCAUCAUGGGGUUCCACCAGAUGUUCCUAUUAAAGAACAUCAAUGAUGCUUGGGUUUGCACCAAUGACAUGUUCAGGCUUGCCCUGCACAACUUCGGCUGACCUCCUCCCAGCCAGGCACUCAUGCUGUUUCCUCCUCCCUCCUCUUCCCGAUAUUAUUCAUGCUCCUCCAGAUGCUCCAAAUAUCAUACACAAAUGAGCAGCGCCGCGGUGGGAGUGGGCGCAGUGCGCUACUGCUGCCGAGGUAUUGUGCAUGAUGUUUGGACGCUAGACUAGUUGCAUCUGAUGGGAGAAGUUUGUGUUGUACCAGCGCAUGCCUUGGAAAGACUUAAGUAAUGCGAAAGGUUGUCUUUUUUUUUUUUUUUUUUUAAAUCUACUGACAAGUUGCUCUAGUAACCCAAAGAAGUGAAGGAGAAAGCAGCUGCCUCACCACCGAGAUAUUGAUUUGUUCAGAUGUUUCAAUGCCUCAUGAUACAAUAAAACCACAAAAAUUUUCUUAACAGUUUAAA